UUAGUUUAAUAAGUAUUAUCACUGUAUUGAUAUCAUCAUUAUAAUUAUUUGCAACUACAAUCAACAUUAAUUACACCAACAAGCGAAUAGAUACUUAUUUGAAAACAUAAAUAUUAAUCAGUUAAAUCAUCACUCUAGUGAAUCACAGCCCGUACCCAAUCAUUCUUAUCAAACUCCAUAAUAUUAGGACCGCAACCCAUUCUAACGGCAAAUAUUUACAGAAUAUUUUGAAUUUAGACUCAGAUAGUAACUAUUAUAAAACAAAUAUCACUAAACAACAUGCAACGAACACCAACCAAACAAAGACCAUCGUCCACACAGGAAGUUGCAGAAAUAACCACACCAGCACACAGUAAUAUAUAUAUACCACAGUAUAGUGAAAUAGAAAUGGAAACCGAUUCUGAAUCAGAAUACUACACCUACCUCGCACACACAUCACUACUAGAAAGAAAAGAAAACAAAACACCAACUAGGGAAACAAACACCCUCCACAGCUACAUAGAAGAGGCGAAAUCAGCCCACAAACAAGCCCUUAUAAAUCUAAACAACUCCAGAAACCUUAAAAGAGAAAUAAAAGAAGGAAUCGAAAACGCCGUAAAGCGCCUCUUCAAAGUCUUCAAGGAAACCAUCAAAGAACUCGAAUCAAGCAACCUAAGAAAGAACACAAACUCCACCCAUCUCCCCCCCUCUCCACCCCCACCCCCAAGUACUAAUGAAUAUAGAAAUUUUUCACAGAAAAUAGAGGAACACUCAAAACUCCUCGCAGAGAACAACAAAACGAUGGACAUUAUACGCAAAGAGUUGGAAGGGAUGGGAAGGACUAACAUAAUAAAUUCGGUAAAAUUGGACAAGUUGGACAAACUGGACACCCUGGAUAACUUGAACAAAUUGGAAAAACUUGAGAAUGGAAUAAGCAAACAAAUAGAAACAUAUGAUAUACAAAACAAAAACCCAUUGGUUGUUAUUAGGGAUGUACUAAACUACAACACCGAUGAGGAAAUACUGGCAGCCCUACAGAAACAAAACAAAGAUAUUUUCAAUAACUACACUGAAACAGACAAAAUGGAAAUCCUCUACAAAAAGAAAGCAAAAAAUCCGCAAACAAAUCAUGUAGUAAUAAGAGUCCCCCCCCAGGUCUGGAAGAGCAUGAUGGAAGCUGGUAAAGUCCGGAUAGACUUACAAAAGCUACGUGUAGAAGACCAAUCACCAUUGAUCCAAUGCUCGACCUGCCUGGGUUAUGGACAUCCCAAACGGUUCUGCAAAGAUAAAGAAGAAAAAUGUAGCCACUGUGGAGGAUCCCACAAACGAUCUGAAUGUGAAGAAUGGAAAAACAAAUCUGAACCCACAUGCUGUAACUGUAAGCAAGCAAAAGUAAACAACCACAAUCACAACGCAUUCAGCCAGGAAUGCCCAAUAAGAAGAAAAUGGGAACAAAUAGCACGGUCAACAAUAGCAUACUCAUAG